AUGGCUCCCCGCCCCGCCGCAGCCGCCGGUGGGCUCCGCGCCGCCGCCAGACACAAUGCACUUGGCCUCGGCGCUCCUCGGCGCCCGCCCUCCCCCCCGCCCCCACCGCCCCCCGCGCCCUGCCCCCCGCCCCGCGCCCCGCGCCCCGCGCCCCUCGCCCCUCGCCCCGCCUCCACGGCCGGCAGCGCGCCGGUGCCUCGGCGACCCCCUUCCCUUCUGAGUCCCUCUCGCCGCCCUCACUUUGCUGUCUCUCGUCCUCCUCUCCCCCUGGAACCCCGUCCCUACUUUCCCCUCACUUUUCUUCAACUCCUCCUCUCGCUCUUGCCCCCCACCCCCUCACUUUGUCCCUCCGCUUCCCGGCUGCUGGUGCCUUUAUAUCCCCGCCCGGGACUCGACGCCACUCUCCACCUACCCCAGAGCACGCCGCCUCCCGCCCUCUCCCCUCCAACGACCUUAAAAGACAUCCGCCAGCAUCACACUCAAUCUUGUCACUUGUCCAAGUUGAUUUUGAUCAGUGUCCCGUAUUGUACCCAGGAGCGAACCCCAUCCAGGCCGGGCUGCGUGAGGGUGGUGAACUCUUCGGAAUCUUGA